GGCUGCACGGGUCCGGCGGCCGCCCGGUGGGGCUUGCCGCCUUUCGCGCGUCUCGGCGUCUCUGCCCCCCUGGCACACCUCGGCCGACGAUGAGGACAGGUCUGCGCGCAACAGCGGCCCGCUGCGGACUGGGACUGGGAUACGUGCUGCAGACGCUCGUGCUACCUGCCCUGGCCCUGCUCAGCGCCAGCGGCACCGGCUCGGCCGCUCCAGAUGAUGACUUUUUUCAUGAACUCCCAGAAACCUUUCCAUCUGAUCCACCUGAGCCUCUGCCACAUUUCCUCAUUGAGCCCGAAGAAGCUUACAUUGUGAAGAACAAGCCUGUGAACCUCUAUUGUAAGGCCAGCCCCGCCACCCAGAUCUACUUCAAGUGCAAUAGUGAAUGGGUUCAUCAGAAGGACCACAUAGUGGAUGAGAGACUAGAUGAAACCUCUGGUCUCAUUGUCCGAGAAGUGAGCAUUGAGAUCUCACGCCAGCAAGUGGAAGAACUCUUUGGGCCUGAAGAUUAUUGGUGCCAGUGUGUGGCCUGGAGCUCGGCAGGCACCACGAAGAGCCGGAAGGCCUAUGUGCGCAUCGCCUAUCUACGCAAGACAUUUGAGCAGGAGCCCCUGGGAAAAGAAGUGUCCUUGGAACAGGAAGUCCUGCUUCAGUGUCGGCCACCAGAAGGCAUACCAGUGGCUGAGGUGGAAUGGUUGAAAAAUGAAGACAUAAUCGACCCAGUUGAAGAUCGGAAUUUUUAUAUCACUAUUGAUCACAACCUCAUCAUAAAGCAGGCUCGCCUCUCAGAUACUGCAAAUUAUACCUGCGUGGCCAAAAACAUAGUCGCCAAGAGGAAAAGUACUACUGCAACUGUCAUAGUCUAUGUAAAUGGCGGCUGGUCCACCUGGACAGAGUGGUCCGUGUGCAACAGCCGCUGUGGACGCGGGUAUCAGAAACGUACACGGACCUGUACAAACCCAGCUCCCCUCAAUGGAGGUGCUUUCUGUGAAGGACAGAGUGUACAGAAAAUAGCCUGCACCACAUUGUGUCCCGUGGAUGGCAGGUGGACCUCCUGGAGCAAGUGGUCUACCUGUGGGACUGAGUGCACCCACUGGCGCAGGAGGGAGUGCACGGCACCGGCCCCCAAGAACGGAGGCAAGGACUGUGAUGGCCUCGUCCUGCAAUCCAAGAACUGCACUGAUGGCCUGUGCAUGCAGAGUUUCAUUUAUCCCAUUUCAACUGAACAGAGAACCGAGAAUGAAUAUGGAUUUUCUUCUGCUCCUGACUCAGACGAUGUUGCUCUCUAUGUGGGCAUUGUAAUAGCCGUGAUUGUUUGCCUGGCAAUUUCUGUGGUUGUGGCCCUGUUUGUGUAUCGGAAGAAUCAUCGUGACUUUGAGUCUGACAUUAUCGACUCUUCGGCACUCAACGGAGGCUUCCAGCCAGUAAACAUCAAGGCAGCAAGGCAAGAUCUCCUGGCAGUGCCUCCGGACCUCACUUCAGCUGCGGCCAUGUACAGAGGCCCUGUCUAUGCCUUGCAUGAUGUUUCUGACAAGAUCCCGAUGACCAACUCUCCAAUCCUGGAUCCACUGCCAAACCUGAAAAUCAAAGUGUACAACACCUCAGGGGCUGUCACCCCCCAGGACGACCUAUCUGAAUUCACGUCUAAGCUGUCCCCUCAGAUGACCCAGUCCUUACUGGAGAGCGAAGCCCUCAACCUGAAGAAUCAGAGCCUGGCACGGCAGACCGACCCAUCCUGCACUGCGUUUGGCACCUUCAACUCCCUUGGGGGUCACCUUAUUGUUCCCAAUUCAGGGGUGAGCCUGCUGAUUCCGGCCGGGGCCGUUCCCCAAGGGCGCGUCUACGAAAUGUACGUGACCGUGCACAGGAAAGAGAACAUGAGGCCACCCAUGGAAGACAGUCAGACACUCUUGACCCCUGUGGUGAGCUGUGGGCCCCCAGGAGCCCUGCUGACCCGCCCUGUCAUCCUCACCAUGCAUCACUGUGCAGAUCCCAAUACUGAGGACUGGAAGAUCCAACUCAAGAACCAGACCGCCCAGGGCCAGUGGGAGGAUGUGGUGGUGGUGGGAGAGGAGAACUUCACGACCCCGUGCUACGUCCAGCUGGACCCGCAGGCCUGCCACAUCCUCAGCGAGAGCCUCAGCACGUGCGCCCUGGUGGGCCAGGCCGCCACCAAAGCGGCCGCCAAGCGCUUGAAGCUCGCCAUCUUCGGGCCCCUCUGCUGCUCCUCUCUGGAGUACACGAUCCGCGUCUACUGCCUUGACGACACCCAGGAUGCCCUGAAGGAAGUUUUACAGCUCGAGAGACAGAUGGGAGGACAGCUUCUAGAAGAACCAAAGGCUCUUCAUUUUAAAGGCAGCACCCACAACUUGCGCCUGUCAAUUCAUGACAUUGCCCAUUCUCUUUGGAAGAGCAAAUUGCUGGCUAAAUACCAGGAAAUCCCUUUUUAUCACAUCUGGAGUGGUUCUCAAAGAAACCUGCACUGCACCUUUACGCUGGAAAGAUUUAGCGUGGACACGGUGGAGCUGGUCUGCAAGCUAUGCGUGCGGCAGGUGGAAGGUGAAGGACAGAUCUUCCAGCUCCAUUGCACUGUGUCGGAGGAACCCACUGGCAUCGAUUUGCCUCUGCUGGAUCCAGCAAGCACCAUCACCACCAUCACCGGCCCCAGUGCGUUCAGCAUCCCUCUCCCUAUCCGCCAGAAGCUCUGUAGCAGCCUGGAUGCCCCACAGACCAGAGGGCAUGACUGGAGGAUGCUGGCCCACAAGCUAAACCUGGACAGGUACUUGAAUUACUUUGCCACUAAAUCAAGCCCGACUGGCGUGAUCCUGGAUCUCUGGGAAGCACAGAACUUCCCUGAUGGCAACCUGAGCAUGCUGGCCGCUGUCUUGGAAGAAAUGGGGAGACAUGAAACAGUCGUGUCGUUGGCAGCGGAAGGGCAGUACUGACCCACGCCGGCUCUGAAGAGGAAGGACGGAACAACGAGGGAGUGUGUCGCUGUCCAGAGGUCCCAGCGGAGGUGGCAGUCCAGACUUAGACCAAUGAGCUCCACAGGCAAGAUCGCAGCGGAACAAGAAGGAAAGCAGACAACUACCAAUCUCCAUGCCCACUGACGCGGACAGCACCACGGGAGUUCACGAUGGCGUACAUUUGUACCUUGAAUUAGAAACCAACCUCAUUUUCCUUGUAGUUGGGCUGUAUGCUGUGUGGUACAGGAUCUUACAGUUUCCUAGGAAACGCUUUUUAUUGCUAUCCAGAUAUAUGGAUAAACUUUCUUAACAAACCCAAUUUCUACAAACGUUGUUUACAUCAAAUUGGACAGGGAUGCAGACACUGUCCAUGGCUCGUUCUAUUUUUGUUCAGAUCGUUUGAAGUUGAAGCUGUGGACGGUUUGUUGUGUCUAUUUCACACGCGUCAUUUCCAGAGAAAUCAGACUUUUGCUCCCAAUCUUGCACCCAUGAAAUGUCUCUGAUAAUCCUCCAUUCAGUGUCCUGUUUCUAGAAGCCGUAGAACCGGUGUUCCCGUUGGUGUCAGGGAAGUGGAAAGUGGAGCGUGAUGGAGAAGUCACCAAGACUCCUUAUUCCUCGGGGACAUCCUGGUGGUGCCCUUCGAAGAAUAAAGUUGUCGUCUUGUAGGGAAGACCGUCACUCAUUCUCAGCCACACACACAAGCAUUUCUUCACAACAUGUGUGUUUGUAAUAUGCAAUUUGAAGUGGUUUUUUAAAAGUAUCCUUAUCACUACCAUUAUUGUUUUUGUUAUCAAUUAGUCUUUACAAGUUAUUCUAGUAAAAAGAUUUUUCUUUAAAUGCUGUGUUGGUUACCAGUGCUGUUAGUAUCUGCUGAUGAGCCCUGCCUCACUUUCUCGGACGACAAGUGAGGGUGUACAGGCAUUGCGUUCUUGACCUUUCACCUUCCUCCCGCCAUGCUGCCCUGGAAGGGGAGUGAAGGCUUACCGGCUUUUUGAGUUUAUUUCAGCGCACUCUGGCAGCCUUUGGCCCGAGUCUUACAAUGAGACGCCUUCUCUGUUCAUGUAACAACAUAGCGUUGUGUGGGCCUCCAUGUACGCCCCCGGUGUUCUGUCUACUUUGGAGGCGAGAUGAUGGCAAGCCUGGCCUCCGGACUGGCAGUCUGGAAGGCCGUUUCCCUUCGGGGCUUGUCCAGUCGGGCAAGUCACACCACCGCAGAGGAUGGCCCUUUCCUCACCUGCAAAGGGAGGGGCUUGGAAAGGUUCUAAAAACUUGUGAUGCCUCUGGUCUCUCUCAUUAGUCUGAAGACUCUGGUUAGCUGUAGCCGGAGUAAUUUAAACAACCCACUGGGGAUUUUUGGUGUUUUGUUUUGUUUUUGUGCUUCCUACCCCCAACUUCCGAUCUUCAGUUGCUCUGGCCUGGAAGAUCAUUGUCCCACCCUGUAACAUAGCGCUUUGGCAUUCGUCUUGUUCGUGUGUGGUUACACGCAUCCUUUCUUUCACUACUAUUUCCUGGUGGUCUCAUAGGACCACCAGCCUUGCUGACUUCCAGCAAGCACGGUUGUGUCGUUGUCUUGGCCUCUUGCCUUUGCAAGGCCGCUCCAGCCGGCUCCUGCAGCAGCAGACCUGGGACACCUUCCUCUUCCUCCUCUCUCCGCCUGUGCCCGCGUGACAUUCCAUCUCACUUUCGGAGGUCAUUUCCUGCACUCAGUCACACAAUUCUGACUCCUGCAAAAUGGUUGUAAAUAGACUACUGGGUGUCAGCCAGGAGUGCCCUUUGGGACCAUUACAAGCUCCUUGUGUUAACACAGGGGCGCACUUCAUUCAGCAGGUGGAGAAUGAGCGUCCACGUCAGCCCAGGAGCCAGAGACUGAACAACAAGUGCUAUUGGGUAUGAAUCAGAGCCUUCAAACCAGAGCUGUGGCUUUGCUUUUGCCCGGGCAGGCCCGAGACCCCUGCCUCAGUCUGAAUGAAGACUUGGUUCAUUCACUUCUCCGCCUUCUGGCCGUACACAUUUCCUCGCCUGCCUGGUGCAGUGACUUUUUGAGAUUCCCCAGCCUCCUCUUCCCUCAUCCUCAAGGAGCUGUCUGUUGUGGAGCCUCUUAAUUCAUGCCUUUCAUUUUUCUUACCUUCCGUGCAAAACACCAGGAGAAAGUCAGAGCUUUCUACUCCCAUAAAGAGGCACCGUCUGGGGAACCCACAGGGGCAGUUCUGCCCUGUCCGCCAGGGUCGCCCUGAGCUGUCCUGGACUCACGGCCAUGAAUGUGGGUGUCUGGAGUGGUAAGCACAUACCCUUCACGAUGUCUCUGUAUUAGGAUUUCCAGAACAAGAAAGAUCUCUUACAUUGGUUGUGGAAGGGAGACUACCCUCCUAUGCAAAUUCAGUGGUUACUAUUUGUACCAAUGCAUGAAAGAAAGAAAAAAGUAAGAUAAUUAAGGAGGUUAAAAGGAGGAGAGAAAGCUGUAGUCUACGGCUGUAUCUUGAACUAAAUCUAAACUUGCUAAGAUUGCUGCCCGGUACCGGAGUAGAGAGGCUGUCAUUGAUCAGAAUCCAGAACAAAAGACGCACCAGAGACGCACCCAGUGCCUGUUAAAAAGGAGCGGGAAGGAGCUGUGCAGUGGCUCCUGAUCAUUCUAGGCAAGGCGUUUGUUAAGGAAAACAAAUCAAUCAAGGAAAGGUCGUCAACAGGGAAGCAUUGGGUGCAGGAACUGGACCCCGUUGAAGGCCUUCUAGGGCUGUUCUUGCACUGAGGUUUGUUGGCCUUUGGUCCAACCAGCAGAAAAGGGCAGAGUGCUUCUUUAUAAGUAAGGUGCCCCUGGGUCCUACGUAUGAUCUUUGUGACAUAUCCUAUCAGGUGAAUAGCCCUUUUAGACAGACAUCACACUACUUACACCAAAUCCUUUUGACUAUGAAUUCUGCUUUCUCUCUCCGUUGGGGUAAACUAGUAUCAAACCAAGAAGGUCUCACAGCUAGUUUCCUAGGGACCCGCUACAUUCCUGCCCCGGGACUUCCCUUCAGCCUCCUGGCGGUGAUCACUUGGAUGGGCAAAAGGAAGCACUUGUGUAUGGUGCCACCUCGUGGUGCGAAGCGCAAGCUACCCUGUUUAAUUCAAUGAAAGCUCCCAGAAGUUGUCUGACCAAGGGAGUUCCUAGAGUUGAGGACUUUCAUGACAUUCAGGAGGACGUGCAGAAUUGUUCCUUUCAGACGUGGUUUCUUGUUCGCACAUUUUUUACCCCUUAAAGUACCCAUCUCAAAUGCCAUUUCCUUCUAAGUCUAGUGCUCCUUAUAAACAUGCCAUUUUAAGUUGUUUUCUGAUCGUAGAAAGGAAUAAAUAUAUUAAAAAUGUAUAUAAUGCCCGAUUAUUACUUUUCAAAAGUUUUCUUGGCAUAUACUUCACAUGCCAUACAAUCGAAUCAUCAGUCCUAUAGAGAAAGGCUGAGUGAGUGACCAUCUCCACAAUCAAUUUCAGAACGCUUUCUUCUUUCCCAUACUCACUGCUAGCACUGCCCACCGCCUCCCCGGCUCUGCCCCUUUGUUGCCAACUGUUCAUCCAGUUACUGUCGCAGUACAUUUACCGGCCCUGGGCUUCAUAUACGGAAAAGCAUACAACACGCAAACAGGAAACAAUCAAAGCCAACAGCAAUGGCUAGGCCCCACAUGGAAAAACCUCAAUAAAACAGAAAGCAGAAAAUAUUAAAAAUGGAUACAAGUUUCAAAUGAGUCAAAAGGGUGAUAAAAUGAUAAGGCAUGCUCUUUUACCCUGACUAAAGCCAAACCCACUGCCACCGAGUCGCUGGGACAGAACUGCCCUGGUGCGUUUCUGAGACUGUGCGAGUGAGCAGAAGGCCCGUCUUCCUCCCCUACCCUAACUCUAGCUGCCGUAAUCAACUUUACAAUGAAGGGUUACUUUUAAGGCCAGGCUUCUGCGUUGUGUUUGGUAGGUUUUGAAUAUCCUAUUUUUAAACUCCUAAUAUUGAUCUUCGAAAAUGUGAGUCAUACUUAGGAAGCGCUAGAUUUGACAUCCACAAAUGGGAAUACAUUGUCUAUGAAGCCCUGGUGAUGCUGUGGAUUAAGUGUUGGGUUGCUAGCCACAAGGCUGGUGGUUCGAACUCACCAACUACU